CGUCCUCAGGUUCCAUAUCUAAACAGCCGGACAAACCAACCCGAACAGCGAGUGAAAGAAGAUGUAACUUAGAAUAGAGAUAGAGGUAAACUCAAGAUUCACUACCCAGAGGAACCGAAUAGACCUCACACCCUAUACCAGAUAGAUCCCCAUCGUCGAGCUCGUCCGGCGAAGAUACAGGUCCGGCGACUUUUGGUUUUCUUGAGAGCUUUUAUCUAAAUUUUAGUUUACAAAUUCACCCUCCUACUUAAACACCCACCCCCAAAUUCACAUUUCACAAAAACCUUUCUACAUCCAUAAUAAAAAAAUCAAUUUCAAGUUUUCAACAGCAAGCAAGCAAGCCAACGAUGUGUGGUGGUGCUAUCGUCUCCGAUCUCAUCCGUUCUUCACGCCGCCUCAAAAACUCCUCCUCUGAUGUCUGGCCCGAAUUCAACCCAUAUGAAGCAGAAUUCAACAACGCAUAUGAAGCAGAAUUCAACCAAUUUGUCCAACAAACCGAUUCCGAUUAUCACAAGCGACCUCUUCCAUAUUCAGGUGGGAUGCAUGAAACCACCAGGAAAAAACAGAGGAAGAAUCUGUACCGUGGGAUACGCCAGCGCCCAUGGGGGAAAUGGGCGGCGGAGAUUCGCGAUCCUAGAAAAGGCGUUAGGGUUUGGUUGGGUACUUUCAACACAGCGGAAGAAGCUGCUAGAGCUUACGACAAAGAAGCUCGUAAAAUCCGAGGAAGAAAAGCUAAGGUUAAUUUUCCAAGCGAUGAAGAAGAAGAGUAUUUUAAUCGCAAAAACCCCAACCUGAAUAACUAUAACGAUAUUCUUCUCGGGUUUUCUGACGAAGAAGUUAUGGGUCCGCGUUUGGUGAAAGAAAACGAGAAGAAGAAGAAGAAAGUUGAAGAAGUUGUACAGAAGGAAGAGAAUGAGGUGCAGAAGCUGUCGGAGGAGCUGAUGGCGUAUGAGUCGUAUAUGAAGUUUUAUGAUAUUCCGUAUCUUGAAGGGCAGCCGUCGGCGGUGGCUCCGGCGAAUGCAGACGGUGGUGGUUCGAUUGAGCUUUGGAGCUUUGAUGAUGUAGCGUGAUUUGGAAGUUUACCCUUCUGCGUGUUUUUUUAGUUUAAGUUUAAAUAAUUUUGUGUUUAAUAAUGUAAAUUGCUGUGUUUGAACUUCUAUAUGUGUUGGGCAUAAAACUAAGAAGUUUGGUGUAAA